UUAAUGGAAGAUGCCAGUGAUGGUGGACGAUCCUAUAAAACAGUUUUGGAUCGCUGGAGAGAGUCACUUCUUUCUUCUACCAGCUUGUCCCAAGUCUUCCUUCAUCUCUCUACACUGGAUCGAAGUGUCAUCUGGUCAAAGUCCAUCCUCAAUGCUCGCUGUAAAGUGUGUCGAAAGAAAGGCGAUGCAGAAAGCAUGGUGCUGUGUGAUGGCUGCGAUCGAGGCUAUCAUACUUACUGUAUCAGGCCCAAGCUCAAGGUCAUUCCUGAAGGAGACUGGUUUUGUCCAGAGUGCCGACCAAAACAGCGCUCUAGACGCCUCUCCUCCAGACAGAGACCUUCUGUGGAAAGUGAUGAAGAGACUGCUGAACGACUAGGAGAAGGGGAAGAAGAGCGUUAUGAAGAAGAGCAAGAUGAGGAGGAUGAAUCUCAAGAGGAGGAAGAGAUGAGCCCAGCAAAGCAAGGAAGACCUCAGGUCAAGUUUCCGUUAAAAAUGAGAGCAGCUAAGCUCAACAAUCCAUUCUCAAGUCGAAACAGCCAGCGUCAGGCAAGAUACGCUUCUCGGAGUCAGCAGAACACACCUAAGCAAACUGAAUCUUCAUCUAAAGUUACCAGAAGGGGUUUAAGAAAGGUAAAAUCAGCCCCUCCAUCAGUGACAAAGCCUUCUUUAAGACUGAAUAGCCGGACCACUCGUCAGAGCCAAAGUUCAUUACAAGCAGGUGUAUUUGUGGAAUUACUUGGUCCUCGAAGGAGACGAAGAGGAAGAAAGAAUGAUGAUAACACACUGGAAAACAGCCCUUCCAAUUCUCUCGGAUUUAGAAUUGUUGAUACUGCAGACUCGAACGAACGGCUUAGGAAGUAUCCGGAUUCUGCUUCAAAGCUUUCUCUUCCUGUUACUGAACCCAAGAGAAGAGGCAGGAAACGACAAUCCACAGAAUCAUCUCCUCAAACCUCACUGAACAGGAGAAGUUCAGGACGUCAAGGGGGAGUCCAUGAACUCUCAGCUUUUGAACAACUCGUAGUGGAACUGGUACGACACGAUGACAGCUGGCCUUUCAUGAAACUGGUUUCCAAAAUCCAGGUACCAGACUACUAUGAUAUUAUCAAAAAACCUAUUGCCUUAAAUAUAAUCCGUGAAAAAGUGAAUAAAUGUGAAUAUAAGUUAGCAUCGGAAUUCAUUGAAGACAUUGAGCUGAUGUUUUCGAACUGCUUUGAAUACAACCCUCGCAACACAAGUGAAGCAAAAGCUGGAACUAGACUUCAAGCUUUCUUCCACAUUCAGGCUCAAAAGCUUGGACUUCCGAUCACAUCUGGUAAUGUGGACCACGCCGCUCCCGCGGCAAAGAAGUCACGAAUCUAACCUCUGCCUUCCAAAGGAUUUUUUGAGGGAAUCUGUUCAUUAAAAUGAAAUGUUAAAUCACACAGUCGUCAUACCUGUAUAAAGCAAUAACAACUGUUUAACCACCUUGAAGUGUGGCCUGCACUAUAUUCUCAAUGUAAUAUUAAGCACUCAGGAGAACGUAGGAAAGAUUACCUUUGCUACAGUUUUAUUCAGUGUCUAAUAAUUUUGAUAGAUGUACUGGAUACAGUACUGGUUUACAGAGGUUUUGUACAUUUUUAAUACAUUCAUGUGUCCAAAUAUCUUCCAGAAGUACAUUUUUUUUUUUCCUGCACCAAAUGACCUUGUUUCAUCCUCUAGAUUUUGUAGGAGCUGUGGUAUUGAGGGCUUUAUCAACUCAGAUAAAAUCUUCUGCUGUAGCACAGUUGAAGAAACUGUGUGUAUGUUUAAAACUUGUUUGAGCGUAUCUUCUCAACACUACACAUGAAUGAGUACAAUUGCAUAUCUUUAAAGUACUGUACCAGUGCUGGCUGGAGGUAUUCAGUCUGAGUUUAUUAAGUAGAUAUUUAUUUAGCAUUCAAAGUAAUUUGUGAAUUUGUUUUGUAUUUAUAAAAUUUGUACUUGGGGAUUAAAAACAAAAAAAAAAAAAAAGAGAGUUCCAUAACUUUUAAAAUUUUUUUCUGGUCCUUUUUUUUUUUUUUUUGUUUUGUUUAUUCCCCUCUAACUUGAUGAUCAAUCAGUAAAUACCUUCCCCUGUCCCUGGCAGUUCUUCUAGCAAUGAGUAAAUUUACAGGACUGUACUAUAAGUUUCUACGUACAACUUUGGAAGUGUACAAAUAAAAUGACACAUUUUUCAAAGUA